UAGAAAAACCGGAGAUACACGAUUACAGGAGUGAGGGUUAACAAUUUGAAAUUGGGAGCGAAAUCGUUGAUCGUUUUUCGUUCAUGAUAUUUUCGGAGUAGCAGUCGGUUGGAGAGAUUCGAGUAAUCGAGUGCCACCAUUACAUUACUUCUUAAACUACGCAUACGGCAUAAUCUCCUCUGUCGGUUUUGUAGAGCAUCAAACUUGGAGGAACUUAUCAAGUGAUGGAUAGAAUCAGCACUCUUCCUCAAGGCAUAAUUGAAAAAAUUCUAACUUUAAUGCCACUUCAAGAUGCAGUAAAGACGAGCAUUCUGUCAAGGAAAUGGAGGUAUUGCUGGACAAGCAUGCCAAAACUUACAUUUACUGUGCUUAAUCUCUCAUCUGAUAGCAAAGAAGUCAAUAAACAUAAGCUUCUCAAAGACAUCUUCCAUGUUUUCAUUCUACACACGGGUCCGCUUUUAGAAUUCUGUAUCUACAUCAAUAAUACAGAAAUUGCUAAUGAAAUUGACCCGAUAAUACUUCAUCUUUCAAGGACCAAAAAUAUAAAGAAGUUCAAGUUUGUGAAAAUCUUAAACGACUGCUACAAGCUACCCCUUUCCUUCUUUUCUUUGCAAGGAUUAGAACACCUAGAUCUCACGGGUUGUGUAGUUAAUCCUCCAUUAAUAUUUAAUGGAUUUAGUAUGCUAAGGAGCCUGUGCUUUAGCAGUUGUAUAAUCACUGUCGAGGUGCUUCUACAAUUCCUUACACAUUGCCCACUACUUGAGGAGUUUACCUUGGUUUUAUAUGAUGUAACACACUAUAUAGAGCUACAACAGUGCACAUUUGUAGAGUUGUUUAAGUGUUUAUCUUCGGUUCAGGUUCUGAAAUUAUCUAGGUUUUGUAUCGAGGACUUUGAUGCAGAUGGUAGUUGUAUGCCACAUAAGCUCCCCACUCCACUAGUCUACUUGAGGGUACUUGUUCUUGAUGUAUGUUUUCUGCAAGAGGAUGAGAUUUAUUGUCUUCUAUGUUUGAUCAACAGCUCCCCAAAUUUGGAGAAGAUUAAUCUAGAGAUGUGUUGGGAUCAUGAUGAGUGUGGUGAACAAAAUUUCAACAAGUUAUUUGAUCUUGAAGAUCACUUGGAUCUUAAGUUGGAUCAUCUUAAAGAACUGGAGAUAACAAGUUUCUAUAAUGUGGGAUAUGAGAUGGAGUUUGUGAAGCUCAUCAUGGCUAAGUCACCUGUGUUAAAGUUAGCACGAAUAAAGCUUAAUCCAAAUGUUUCUGUUGAUGAAGAAAUUAAGAUGUUUCAAGAUUUGGUGAGACUGCCAUUUCCACGUGCAUCACCAACAGCAAACUUCAUUAUCGAACGCAUGCCGUUUAACUAAAUGUGUUGGUCAAGAUAUAAUAUUUUGUCAAAGGAUAGUGUCUUUAUGGUCUAUUUUGAUCUUAUUUGGAUGUCUUUAUGGGUUGAUUAUGGGUAUUAUGGUAGUUAGUACUUUCUAUUUCAAUCUCUCUUUAGAUUA